AUGCUUCAAAUUCAGGACAAUGGUAAAGGGAUUGCUAUGGAAGACUUUCCUUUACUGUGCGAACGCUUCGCAACAUCUAAACUACGUAAAUUUUCGGACCUCAGCUCGAUGACUACGUUUGGGUUCCGUGGUGAGGCACUGGCCAGCAUUAGCUUUGUCUCUGCAUCUGUCUCUGCAAUAAGCAAGACAAAGACACAGGACGUGGCGUACAGUGCAGAGUACUUUGCCGGGACUAUGAAAUCUGCGUCUGAAACAGAGCCGGCGAAAGCCAAACCUGUCGCCGGCGUAGAUGGUACUACGAUUACUGCCUACGAUUUAUUCUUCAAUGCACCACAACGGAAAAGGGUCUUUAAGUCAGUGUCGGAGGAAUAUAAUCGCGCUUUGGAUGUGGCCACCAAGUACGCGUUGCACUAUGGGCAUCUUGGCGUGGGGAUUACAUGCAAGAAAGCUUCGUCGCAUUCGCUAGACUUGAACACGCCGAGCAAGAAGUCUCAAACGACGCUAGACGUAAUCCGCAACAUAUACGGUGGGCCGCUUGCACGGGACCUGGUUCAUUUGUCCGAGCUUGAAAAUGAUGAGUACAAGUUUUCUGCGCAAGGCUGGAUUAGCAAUGCCGAUUGGGCCUCCAAAAAAACGCAGUUCCUAUGUUUCAUUAACAAUCGCCUUGUAGAUACCCCCAGCCUGCGGCGCUCUAUGGAAUCGAUGUAUUCCCUGCUCCUUCCCAAGGGACGGCACCCUUGGAUAUACAUUGCUUUGACGUUGGAUCCUGCAAGACUGGAUGUAAAUGUGCACCCUACGAAGCGCGAGGUGCAUUUUAUGGACGAGGAAGAGAUUGUGGAAAUGAUUACGACGCAUGCGCAAGACUUGAUCUCUCAGCAAAGUUCUUGUCGUGUGUAUUCCAUGACGAAACCUUCGCUUGGCGUGAAUAUAUCUGAAAAUGCGGUGCAAGUGCUCGGUCCGCGUACAGAGAGAAUUGACCCACGGAACCUUGUACGUGUUGACCAUACGUCGCAAUCGCUGGACUCUAUGUUCGGUGGCGCUACGACGGACACCUCUCGGAUCCCAGAAAGCACCUGCAAUCUUACCAGUGUACAUGAACUGCGUGCCAAUAUGAUCCAAGAUCGAGAUGUUGGAUUGACCAAUGUGCUGCAGCACCACACGUUUGUCGGUGUUGUUGAUUUGGAAAAGGCACUUACGCUUGUACAGCAUGGAACGCAGUUAUACCUUGUAAACCACGCGGCUGUUAUCGAGGCAUUCGCGUACGAACUUGCUCUUCGCCAGUUUGGUUCUUACACGUCGGUCGCUUUGGAUCCAGCGCCAAAGCUGUGGGAUCUGAUCGCGCUCGGGUAUGAUGCCGAAGACGCAGCAGAAGCCAAGGCAGCAUUGUCCCUUUCGCGAGAAGAGGUCGUGGAUCGCAUCACGAAACGUUUGACAGACCAUGCUGAGAUGCUGCACGAAUAUUUUGCUAUUCAUAUCGACCCCGUGCAGAAGACGUUGGUUUCUGUUCCUGCAAUAUUGCCGCAGCAAGCCGGCGCAGGCGUUGUUUUGGAGCGGCUUCCUACCUUGCUAUUCCGUCUUGGACCGCAGGUGGAUUGGGCGGAAGAAGUAGGCUGCUUUGCUAGCGUGUGUCGCGAACUUGCAUAUGCACAAGUGCCUGCAACCAGUGGCGUCCAAGUCCACGAUGCACAGCGUGUUGAAGAAGAAAAAUGGAUGAUCCAGCACGUCUGGUUCGCAAGCAUGCUUGCUUCACGGGGGUGCAUCCAUAUCCCGAAAGCGCUACAAGAUGGGAUCGUGCAGGUCGCGAGUCUCCCUGAACUAUACCGCGUAUUUGAGCGAUGCUAA